CAGAAGAGAACCCGUACUUGCACCAACCCACCACCAGCUCACGGUGGAAAACCAUGUUCUGGAUCGGCAGAAGAGACAAAAGAAUGCAAUACAAACGGAUGUCCAGUUAAUGGUGGAUGGAGUGCAUAUUCAGMCUGGUCUUCGUGCAGCAAGACCUGUGGGGGAGGGACACAGAAGAGAACCCGUACUUGCACCAACCCACCACCAGCUCACGGUGGAAACCCUUGCUCUGGUCCGGCAGAAGAGACCCAGGAAUGUAACACAAACGCCUGCCCAGUUAAUGGUGGAUGGAGUGCAUAUUCAGCCUGGUCUUCGUGCAGCAAGACCUGUGGUGGAGGGACACAGAAGAGAACCCGUACUUGCACCAACCCACCACCAGCUCACGGUGGAAAACCAUGUUCUGGUGCUGCAGAAGAGACCCAGGAAUGUAAUACAAACGCAUGCCCAGUUAAUGGUGGAUGGAGUGCCUAUUCAGCCUGGUCUUCGUGUAGCAAGACCUGUGGUGGAGGGACACAGAAGAGAACCCGUACUUGCACCAACCCACCACCAGCUCACGGUGGAAACCCUUGUUCUGGACCUGGAGAAGAGACCCAGGAAUGUAAUACAAACGCCUGCCCAGUUAACGGUGGAUGGACAUCAUACUCGGACUGGUCUUCGUGUAGCAAGACCUGUGGUGGAGGAACACAGAAGAGAACCCGUACUUGCACCAACCCAC